AUUCCCAAAAAUUGCACGCGGGCAACGUAAUCGUUCAAUUAAUAACCGCUUCGGCACCUCACUGUUCCUUUUUCUCUUUAUCUAAAAAAGAACAAAGAAUAGCAGAAUGGGUAACUCACAAUCCGGAAUGCCGCGAGGCAACGAUAACAAAAAAGACAAGGAUAAAGACAUGAAAAAGAAAAAGUGGGAACCUCCCGUACCCACGCGUGUGGGCAAAAAGAAGAAGAGAGGACCCGACACGUCGACCAAAUUACCACAAGUUUUCCCCACAUCACGUUGUCGAUUGAAAAUGCUCAAGAUGGAACGUAUCAAAGAUUAUUUACUCCUUGAAGAGGAAUUCGUGCAGAAUCAAGAACGAUUGAAGCCUCAAGAGGAGAAGGAUCAAGAAGAAAGAACACGUGUCGAUGAUCUUCGUGGAUCUCCCAUGAGUGUAGGAUCGUUGGAAGAAAUCAUUGACGAUGACCACGUUAUUGUGUCUUCGUCCACCGGGCCAGAAUAUUACGUCUCCGUCAUGAGUUUUGUCGACAAAGAUUUACUAGAACCGGGUUGCAGUGUCUUGCUGCAUCAUAAAACCAUGUCCGUCGUCGGUGUUUUGGGUGAAGAUACCGAUCCCAUGGUCAGUGUCAUGAAACUUGAAAAGGCCCCCACCGAAUCCUACGCCGAUAUCGGUGGGUUGGAACAACAAAUUCAAGAAAUCAAGGAAGCGGUGGAGUUGCCUUUGACGCAUCCUGAAUUGUACGAGGAAAUGGGUAUCAAGCCGCCGAAAGGUGUCAUUUUAUACGGUGUCCCCGGUACGGGUAAAACCUUGUUGGCCAAGGCCGUGGCGAAUCAAACAAGUGCCACAUUCUUGCGUAUUGUGGGUUCGGAACUGAUUCAAAAAUAUUUGGGUGAUGGUCCCAAGCUCGUGCGUGAACUGUUCCGAGUCGCCGAGGAAAACGCUCCCUCCAUUGUCUUUAUUGAUGAAAUCGAUGCUGUUGGUACCAAACGUUACGAUUCCACAUCGGGCGGUGAACGCGAAAUUCAGCGUACCAUGUUGGAGCUGCUAAAUCAAUUGGACGGUUUCGACUCACGAGGCGACGUCAAGGUGAUCAUGGCCACCAACAAAAUCGACAGUUUGGAUCCUGCCCUGAUUCGUCCUGGCCGUAUCGAUCGCAAGAUUGAAUUCCCCCUGCCCGACGUAAAAACCAAACGACGCAUCUUCAACAUCCACACAUCACGCAUGACCUUGUCCGACGAUGUCGACUUGGAAGAAUUCGUCAUGUCAAAGGAUGAUCUUUCCGGUGCUGAUAUCAAGGCUAUCUGUACUGAGGCCGGUUUGUUGGCAUUGCGAGAACGUCGUAUGAAGGUCGUAGCGGAAGAUUUCCGUAAAGCACGUGAGAAGGUGUUGUAUAGAAAGAGUGAAGGAACGCCUGAAGGCUUGUAUCUUUAAGCGUAGAAGAACCCCGGUCACCCCAAAUCCAUGUUGUCUUUUUUUUAAUAUCAUCUUUGCGAGAACGAGUGGUUUAGAUUUUCUUUUAUCGGCACGCUGGUGGUAGGAUGGAUUUUUAUUUGGGUGGUUUAAUCUCUUGGGGGAAAAAACACUUGGCAUGUGUUGUUCCACACGACUUCUGAUAAUACGUGCGGAUCGACGCCUCGUACGGCUGCAAUGACAUGCAGUACGGAAC